UCUGCCGUAGUCGAACAUUGAAAGUGGGAUGUGGUAUCUAAGAGAGGUUGUUGUUGCUUGUUUCUUCUCGUCUUCUCAGUUCAGUGAACUCCCUCUGUCCGAGGAUUUGUGUCCCUCCAAUUUCUGUGUUUGGGGCCCUCCUUCCAUCCGAAGCAGGGUUCUGUGUCGUUAGGUAGUCACUGUUUCAUCACUUCAGCAUCAUAUUUUAGAUAUCAUUGGAUGUUUUUAGAAAAAGGCAAUGACGCAACCACUUGAUAGCAACAAACACAAGCAUUGGGGUGGCAGGGUAUUUGGAUUGUUGUUGGGGUCUUUGAUGCUGUCAUUGCAACAGGGAAAACUUGCUUGGUCGAUUGAAGCAGAGUCGGAAAGAGCACUUGCUGCUACAAACAAACAAACCAUUCAACUGGACAUUCUCAGUGUUGGAUCCUCAGACCGAAGAGACUUGUUUGAUGCACAGACUCAAACAUUUGCCCAGCCCAACACUGGUUACGUUCGGAAUGUGUACUGGAUCACUGAGGACGAUGAUUCCGACCAGGCUUGCCGGGACGGCACGUUGACCAGCGAGCAUAGAAAUAAGGCAUUCAAGUUUUGCAAAGAGCAGUAUCUCUGGAACAAGACUGCCACCACAACUGACUUUAUGAGACGAAAUGUCGGGGUGAAGAAUGGAAGGCUCUUCCAAGGAAAGGCCAGUCCCCAAUGGCUGUGUGCACAAAAGCGCUUCCCACUUGGUCUCGCCAAAGUGGUAAAGGGCUACAAGAAUGACAAUGACAACAUAUCAUUACCAGACUAUUUGUUAAUGGUCGACGAUGAUACAUGGUUUGAUAUCGACAAGCUGGUGAGCCAUGUCCUGGUUUGGAGGCAGAAUCCUAACAAACCCUAUGUGGGAGCAGGGUGCAAGGUCACCAAGAAGACCUUUGGUCCUGGCAUUGAGGUUGUGGUAUUUUAUGGAGGAGCAGGUUUGCUGCUAUCCAAAGGAAGCCUUGAGAGACUGCUGCGGCCUCUCGAACCACUGCACAGCGACAAUACACAAUCCAAUGAGAACAACUGGACAGAGCACGCAAUCGAUCAGCCGGACCUGGAUGACUGGGAAACACAAGUCCAAAGUGCCCUCCACAACAACCUAGCCUUUGAGAAGGAUCUCUUCCAUCCAGGAAUGAGCGUCAUGGACCUAAUCGAGUCCUACUCCAAGGCAGAAGCGUUUGACAAUGUGGAACAGUGGACCAGAGGUUUUUGCUUUCACAGCGACAACUUUUUGUCCUAUUUCAUUGAGAAUUAUAGGAUUCAUGAGACUCAAUACCUAGAAGCUCUAAUCCCUCAAGUGUGGAGUCAUGAUGAAUGGUUUACAUUUGAGGGUGUUUGGAUGCACAGAGGAGACAGAUGCCCAAAGGAUUCCAUGAUUUGUCACUAUGUGUUGCCUCAGGAAAUGCAUGCGCUACAACACAACAAGACUAGCCCUGUACUUGGCUCAGUUUCUUGAUGGAGUGAACCUUUUGAAGGGCUACAGAUAAAUAGCCACCCGUCAACUUAUUGGGCAACAUAAUGAUAGCCUCACUCAACGCUGGUGAUAUAAGACUGCCCAAAAUAGCACCUACAGGUACUUCUUGGCCACCACUCUUUACCUGUAUUGGAUGAUGCCACAAAUAGAGC